AUGAUAUGGGUGUUACUAUUGACCCGACUGCAGCUCAAGACCAUGAGCCUACCGCUGAGCGAAACAAUCGAACGCUGAAAGAAAGAGUUAGAGUAGCUCUUGCACAAUUACCCUACAAAGUGGUACCAAAGGUGAUCACUGAAUGUCUUGGACGUCGAGCCGCUGAGCUAUUGAAUGUCUUUCCCCAGAAAGACAGUAUUUCCUCACAUUUCAGUCCACAGCAACUCAUUGAUCAUGUCAAUAUCAACUACAAGAGUGACAUGGUUGCUGAGCUUGGACAGCAUGUUCAUGCUAUUGGGACGGAUUCCAACAAUUCGAUGGAACCGUGA